AUGUUCAUCAAAGCCUUCCAAGGUCAUGAGAGUUCGAGGGAAGAAUUGAACCGUGCAGAACGGCCCAUCCAUACCGAGCGUGACGUUCGGAUCGUGUGUAUUGGAGCUGGGCUAGCAGGUCUAUGCCUGGCAUACAAGCUCCAACGAUCAUUCCAAAACUUUGAGCUUUUGAUCCUUGAGAAAAAUGACUCUCUUGGCGGCGUGUGGUUUGAAAAUCAAUACCCAGGAGUUGCCUGUGAUAUCCCUGGUCAUAACUAUGCCUACUCGUUUGAGCCCGCCGUGGAUCACACCGCAGAGUACGCAUCUGGCUCCGAGGUACGACAAUAUAUACAGAAUUUCGCGAAUAAGUAUGGCUUGAUAGACUAUUGUCUCUUCAACACUAAGGUCAGAAGUGCGUCAUGGGAUGACCAUGCCGGCUAUUGGAAGAUUUUGAUGGAAGACUCGAAGAGUAAUGAGCCUCGAAAAGAGACGGCAGAUAUCAUAAUCAACGCCAGCGGCCCGUUGAAUCAGUGGAAGCUACCUGAUAUUCCAGGACUGCAAGACUACAAAGGCCACCUCAUGCAUACCGCCAACUGGGAAAAGAGUGUGGAGCUGGAUGAGAAAAGGGUUGCAGUCAUCGGGAACGGCUCCAGCGGGCAACAAGUCCUGGUCGCGGUCCAACCUAGAGUCAAGAAUUUGAUUCAUUUCGUCCGGCAAGCGAAUUGGAUCACUGGACCGUUUGGAGAAGCUCCUCGGAGAUAUUCGCCAGAUGAGAUAGCCGAGUUUCACGAUUGUCCUGAGAAAUUAUUACUCAAGCGGAAGAAAGUGGAAGGGACAAUCAACAGCACAUUCUCUUCUUUCCUGUCCGAUAGUCCCCUCCAAGCAGGUAUGCGGAUGGCUUUGACUCUGGCCAUGGAAACCAAAAUCAAGAAAGGCGGUUUGAAUCAUAGUCUUAUUCCCAACUUCGCCCCUGGGUGUCGUCGCCCAACACCUGGAAUCGGAUACCUCGAAUCACUAUGCCAACCCAAUACCGAGAUCAUCAUGGGUGACAUCAAGAGGAUAACUGGGCACGGAGUGGUGGAUCACAAGGCAGUUGAGCACCAGGUGGACGUGAUUAUUUGCGCCACGGGGUUUGACACUUCUUUCUUGCCCUCAUUCACACUGACUGGACUGCAUGGACAAACUCUCCAUGAAAUGUGGGCCGAAGAUGUGACGGAUUCUUACUUUGCAACAACUGUCCCAUCUAUGCCAAAUUAUGCGGUCUUUGCUGGACCCUUCAACUCCACUGUCAGUGGCAGUUACGUACGAAAUAUCGAGAUUCAAGCCGACUACAUACUCCAACUUAUCGACCGAUACCAGACCGAGAACAUACACUCUUUUGCCCCACGCCUGUCAGCCAGCCGAGCCUUUACCUCACAUUGCCGCAAUUAUCUCGAACGCACGGUCUGGACGGAAGGCUGCCGAUCACACUUCAAAGCUGACAAAUCCAACACCAGAUUGACCAUGUGGCCGGGUAGUAGUCUCCAUUUCUCAGAUGCCCUUCGCGAAUUGCGCGCAGAGGACUAUGAAUGGGUAUAUUCUGGAGACGACCAGUUUGCAUGGCUUGGGAAUGGGCUCUCGGCGACCGGCAAUGAUCCUUUGAGUGAUAUUAGUUGGUAUGUCACACAGCGGGAUGAAGGGCCGUGGAUGAGUCGGAGAGCUCGUCGUGAGCAGUUCACACGGAUCGGGGCCCAAGAGGGACGGAACGACGUUUUGAAAGCCCAAGGCCGAAGUGCAGACUGA